CGAAAAAGUGGUGUUUUGAUGUAGUUCUGAACGGUGCGUACAUAAGGAUUUUCAAGCAGAUACUUUGUAAUUAGUCGGGUUAUCUUCAGCGAGCUACACAGUUUACUAUUUCAACUCUCUGCCACAGCUGCUAAAACGAUUCGAUAUGUCACGGAACAUGUAUCAAAAGGCAGAUCGGCGAUCGUGGACAAUCGAUAAGCUGUCACAGGCCAUGAUGGCGGUGAAUUAUGGCGUGUCACAGAACCAGGCAGCAAAAGAAUACGGUAUUCCGAAACGAACUCUCCGUCGAUACUUAAAGAAGGCAUCAGAAGAAUCUCUUGGAAGUUUUACGACAGUUUUCACUUCACAGCAGGAGGAGCAGCUAGUGGCUUAUGCUAUUCAGAUGGGAGAGUGUUUUUAUGGAUUGAGUCCCAAGGAAGUGCGCAGCCUAGCAUUCCAGUUGGCAGAGAGGAAUAAUAUUUCGCAUCCAUUUGAUCAGCAACUUAAGCUUGCUGGUCCUGACUGGCUGAAAAGUUUUCUUCGACGUCACCCGACACUUUCGCUACGAGCACCAGAAAACACAUCUCUUGCACGGGCAAAAGGUUUCAACAGGAAAAGUACUAUGCAGUUUUUCGACCUCUUGAAGCAGGUGUACGAUGGGCAUGCGUACCCUCCCAGCAGAAUAUGGAAUGUAGACGAGACUGGUAUAAGCACAGUUCAGACGCGAAAUUCAAAAGUAGUGGCAAGAAAAGGUCAACAUCAAGUUGGCAAAUUGGUAUCGGCGGAACGAGGUGUGAAUAUUACGGUCACAUUCGCAAUGUCAGCUGCGGGUCAAUUUCUGCCACCAUUCUUUAUUUUUCCACGCCAACGUAUGAAUGAUGCACUAAAGGUUGGUGCGCCUCCAGAAUCGGUCUUCACUUGUAACGUGAAUGGAUGGAGUACUAUAGAUACAUUUUCACAAUGGUAUGAACACUUUCUGCGAUUCGCUAGCCCAACGGCUGACAACCCUGUACUUCUUAUCCUGGAUGGCCACUCAAGUCAUACAAAGAACUUGGAAGUUUUGGAGAAAGCCAAACUGAACCAUGUAAGAAUCAUAUCCAUUCCACCGCACACUUCUCACCGGACACAGCCUCUCGACGUUUCUUUUAUGCGACCGUUGAAAUCAUACUACUGGAAAGCUCUGAAUAGAUGUAUGAAACAGAACAACGGGAAUCCGAUCACAGUGUAUGAUGUUGCGGCUCUAGUUAAUGAAGCGUUUAAUGAAGCAGCCACACUAACAACUGCUCAGAAUGGCUUUCGGAAAACGGGAAUAUAUCCAUUUAAUCGUCAGGCAUUUCCGGAAAGUGACUUUGCGCCAGCAGAUUUUUUGGAACGGACGAUCGACCAAAAUACAGAUUUUGAGUCUUCUGCUGCUACUGAGAAAUCUGGAACAUGCUCCAAAGCAGGGGCACUUGAUUGCAUCGCAAAUAAUGUUUCCAAUUCAAUUGUACAAGAAUAUUCGUAUGCAGUAACAUCUUCCAAUAUUCCAACUGCAGACUGCUCUCAAAACCUCGAAAGCGAUCCUGAUAAGUUUCUGAUUGACCUUAGCACAUUUCAUUUCAUUGACGAGAACGGGGUGGUCACAUCAUUGGUGGUUCAGGAAGAUGAGCAGGAUGUGGUAGAAAAUAUCGUGCAAACAGAUCGUAUGGUUGAGAUUCCAUGCUUGAUUCCGCAGAAGAUUAACCAGCCUACUGAUCAAUCAUUGAAUACAGUAUCAAGCCCUGGAAAAAAUACUCGAUCCGAACAUCCUUUGCAAUGUAUCACAAAUCCUGCCAAUAAUGGGCAAUCGGAAGUAAAGAGAAAAAAACGACCGAAAACCCGCAACACCACAAAUCAAGAAAACGUGCUAUCAACUAGUUCCAAGCGAUGUCGGUGGGAUAAAGGUUUCCAGAAGUCACCGAACAAAUCUGCUACUUUUGACAUUGCUCCGCAAAUGGUUGAUCUCAAUCCCAGAGUCCAAAAGCAGAAUGUGAGAAAACGAACUUCUGGGACAAAAAAACAACAUUGCGCAGAGCUCACUUCAUCGCCUUACCGAAAGCAGCUCAAGGAAGCAAAUGCCGCCAAAGACAUAAAAACAAUCAAGAAGAAACCUGGGCGUAAACAAAAGUUUGAAUCAAAUUUCAAACUACAAGAUAUACUUUGUCCAGUGUGCGGAUCCAUUUUCAGUAAUUCAAAUAAUGGAUCCGGGUGGAAAAAAUGUGUAAGUUGUACAGAUUGGUUUCAUAUUGAAUGUCAGGAUACAGAUGAGAAUUCUGCAACAUGCUACAUCUGCGUUUAAUGAGUGCAUCAUCAAUUAGCAGCGUUACAUCGUAUAAUCUAUGAGAUUGAAUUUCAAAGAAAGUCGUUAAUUAAAAUAAAUACUUUAAUGAUAAACACUCAUUGUAA